AUGGCCUAUGCAAUAGAUUCAACAAACUCUCGUUAUACAGAUGUUCGUGAUGAACCUGUAGAGAAAUUACUUACACCAAUCAGUGGUCAUCAGGAUCAACCAUCGGUAUCAUUAAAAGAAGCUGUUCAACCAAUUGCUCAUUUAUUCAAUGGUCUUAAGGAUUAUGUUUUGGUUGCCAAACACAACUGUAAAAAUCCAGCUGAAGGCUUGUCACAAGAUGAAUCUGGUGCAAUACAUUUAUAUACGAUGGAAUUUGAUCCUGGACCAAGUCUAUAUGAAAUAUUAAAUAAACGAUUACGAGCCGAAAAUCGCGAGAAUUUGAAACCAUGGUUCUUAUUCUUAAAACUAUUUUUAUCCGCAUUAGAAAAAUUACCAUCAGCAACACAAACAGUGUAUCGUGGGAUUAAAGGUGUUGAUCAAAGUGAUAAAUAUAUUAAUAGUGAAAAGUUUGUUUGGUGGGGUGUUAGCUCCUGUACGUUAAAUAUAGAACCUUUACAAUCAGAAAAAUUUUUAGGAAAAUUUGGACAAAGAACAUUAUUUUCAAUUGAUAGUAAAAAUAGUAAAUCUAUUAUAGCUCAUUCAUACUAUAAAAAUCUUGAAAACGAAAUGAUAACCCCCCCCCCCCAUAAUAGAAGCCUCCCCCGUAUUAGAAGCCCCUCCGUAUUAGAAGCCCCCUCUGGAGGAAUCGAUGUGGAAGGUGUAUUAGA